AUGAACAACUGCCCUUCCAGCCAGGAAAAAGCCCUGACCCUCUGUCUCUCCCCUGCCAUUGGUGCAGCACUCUCGGCACUAUGUGCACAGCAAGAGCUUCCUGGGCAGAAAAGGGAGGGGAAAGAGGAAAAGGAGAAAAAAGCCUUACUUGAGAAUCCAGACAUCCUACCAUCGGUCAGGAAGAAGUCCCGCACCUUCUAUAAUGCAGAGCAGCUAGAAGAGUUGGAGGUGUUCCAUGAAGACCACUAUCCCAACACUGAGAAGAGGAUGGAGUUUGCAGCUGCGUUUGGUGUGAUGCCAGAGCGAAUCCUGAUCUGGUUUCAGAAUCGCGGGGCAAAGUGGCGGAAAUCGGAGAAGUUGAAUGCGAAAGGCAACAGAAAACAUCCAACGUCGUCACCUCUGUCACAUGAUUAUGGAUGGGGGACCUACUCUGUUUUCUCAUCUUUCCACAACAGGGCACCUCCUCUGCCUGUGCCUCUGUUGCCUGAUGUUGCUCGUGACCAAUCUGCCGUGCUGGGAGGAAAAGUUGCAGUUGGGAACUGCUCCAGCAUGCUCAGAGCACAGCUUGCAUCACUCUCCUCUGCCUCAGCCUCCUCGGUGGCAGGAACGGUGGCAUCUUGUGAAGAAGUUCAGGCGAAGAUGUCGCUACAGCUCAGCUUCAACUCCAGCAGAGUGGACAUGGAGUGCUUCCCAAGCCUUCCCAGCCCUCCUCCCAUCCUCAGGGCUACCAACCUGUCCUUCAACCCCCACAGCCCUGCUGUUUCCAUGGUGCUGGACACUCCCAACAGUGAAUGCUGGUUGUCCAGUCAGGAAAAUGGCUCCAGGGAGGCCUUCACUUACAACAUCCAGAAUCAAGGCUUUAGUCCACCACCCUCCUGCCGUUACCCUGAGCAGCUGGAGACUGCAGGGAACCUGGAGUCCAUGUACUGCCAGUACAGCAGCCAGGGGAAAAUUUACCAGCUGUCCCAAUAUUCCCAGCAGCACCAGCUCUCCCAGUUCUGCCAACUGCCAGAUCACCUGGCCACCAAUUUGCUCUCCAGUGACCACCUCCCUCCUCCAACACCCCCUGAGUCCCAUUCAGCUUUCCUGGCCUUACCUGGUAACACUGGAGCAGUAACCUAUGGAGCCACACAAGGCUAUGGACAAAACCACGUGGGGGGAUAGCUCAUGCCGCAGAAGUCAAGUGGAAACUCAGCGGACAUCACUGCCUAUCAGGCUGUCCCCUGGAGUGAUUUCUACAUGCAGGGAGCUCAAUUCUCAAAUCAGCUGCACUCCCAAAUGCCAUUUUUUAGCACAGGAAGACAGAACUUCACAGAGCCAUCUCUUCUUCAAGUGCCCAAUGGAACAGCACUGGGAUCCAUGUCACAGGCUGGAAAGCAAAAGGGAGUCACACCAGACCAGAGUUCAAACCAGAGCCACCAAACAGAGCCAGAGUUGGCAUGGCCAUGGCUCACUGAAAGAGAGGAUGUAGAGUGUUGUAACAAGAAAGGAGACACCACUCGGGGAGAUGUCGGAAGCAGGGCCCCUCCGCCCUGCGGCGAGGGGCCCCCUUUGCUGCCGCCCCUCAGCACCGGAGCGCCCCCGAGCCCCCCGCCCCGCAUAUCGGGCCCGAGACCCACGCGGAGGGAAGGCCAGGCCCGCGCCCGGCGCCGGGCGGCACGAGGCGGGAAGGCCGGCGGGCUCCGCCGCGCCGCGGCCUCGCCCCCCCGCCCCACGUACCGGGCCCGGGAGCCGCACGGAGGGAAGGACGGGCCGCCGCCGGCGUCCCGCGCGCGUGUCCCCCUUCUCUCUUUCGCCCUUAGGCCCGGCCCCCGGGACCCCGCGUCUCGGGCUUUGGACCCGCGCGGAGGGAAGCUGGGCCGAGCGCGGCGCCGGGGCCCCCUGUCAGCACCCGGCCCGCCGUCUGUCAGCGAGCGAUCGGUGGACAAAAACUUGUGUCGAGGGCUGAUUCGCAACAGAUCGCAGCGAGGGAGCUGCUCUGCUACGUACGAAACCCUGACCCAGAAUCAGGUCGUCUACGAAUGA